UGUACACUGCUGUAGGAUAACGAUGACGACACCAUUGAUCAAUUCAUCAUUUCUAUGGACUAUGUAUAUGAUCUUCUCUUUUUGUUUUUUACUUACUAACAGAAAUGAUAACAUGGAUGAUGAUUUUAUGCCACCAUUUUUUCCUGUUUCAUCUGUCACUGGUCAAGGUAUUGAUAAUUUAAUACAUUUUUUAAGUCAAUUAAGUUGUUUAAAUCACCCGUCGAUGACGCCAUCACCUUCACCAUUGUCAUCCACCUCGAAUUUAUUUGAAUCAUUAAAUGAUAAACAUCAGAAAUAUCAACAAUUUGUAGAUUGGAACAAUAUUUCCAAUAAGAAAUCCAAUCAAUCUACUCGUAUAUUCAGUAAAAUUAUUGAACGAAUAAAUUUAAUGAAACAGCAACAGUCGUAUAAUGGUACGCUGGUUUGGAUAAAUCAAGUAUUUACACAAAUACCCGGUGUAUUGAAUCCAGUCAUAGUUGGACGUGUACAAUUUGGUCAAUUAUUUAAUUAUCAAAUUCUAUGGCUUGGACCAGAUCAAUUUGGUGAUUUUUAUCCAGUUCAAAUUGUUAGUUUAAUGCAUCAUCGUCAAUUGCACGAAAUUGUCUAUGCUGGUCAAUCAGUAUCAAUGGAAGUGUAUUUUUUACCGAAAUCAUGGAAUACUAUGAAUGAGAAACAACGUCAGUUGAUAUUGCAUAAUAUCUCUUCAUCGAUUACGUCAUCACCAGCAUCGUACAGUGCAAUAAAUCAUUGUAAAAAAUCAUUGACUUCACUGUUUGACAAUGAUGUUGAGCAUACCAAUGAGAAUGAAGAGAUUAUUCCACAUGAUCAUAAUCAUGAUGUGAAUAGUUUAUCCGUGACAUCAUCAUCAUCAUCGUCCUCCUCAUCAUCAUCAACGACAGCCAACACAACAACAGCAGUUGAUAUUUAUCAAUUCUAUUCACCAAUUAAAAUACGUCGUGGUAUGAUUCUACUCACUUAUCCCAUGUUAUUAUCCACUUACAACACAGUAUCAUCGCCGGCAGCUCCAUCCGAUAGGAUCGACAACACUACCGCCGCUGCUACUGCAUUAUCGCCACAGCCGUCACCAUCAUGGCAUGAACAAUCGUCGUCGUUGUUGUUGACAGGGAACCAACAUCAUGAUUCGAUUCAAUUCACUGUAGUAUGGACAGUGAAAUUACAGUUGAUGCCUCGUCGUUUACCAAUUGUUUCAUUUAAAUUAGGCAAUCCACCAGUGAUAUUAACACCGAUUCCAUUGAUUGGUCAACGUGUUAAUAUUUAUGCUGGUUGUAUAUGUCAAACUGGUAUUAUACUGGAGAGUAAUACUGAUAAUGACGAGAAUCAUAGUAGUAGUAAAUAUCAACAAUGUGAAUCUGAGCAAAAGUCUACUACUGCAACUAAUACUACUAAUCAUGAUGACGGCAGUGAUGUUAGUAAUAAGACUCAUUUAAACAAUCCCACAUAUAUUUUAUUACGUUUUACACGUCAUCCAGAAUUAGUUGAAAUCGGUCGACAAUUUAUAUUAACAUGGAAUGGAAAUUUAAAAGCUAUCGGUUAUGCAAUUGAAUUGAUUGAUCCUGUAAAACAACAACAACAAUAUUAUCAUUGUACAUUGAAUGACACUACUAAUACUACUACUGAUACUACUAAUAAUACUACUAACACUAGUAGUACUAGUAGUACUGCUAUUGCUAUAAAUGAUUCAAUGUCGAAUACAACAACAACAACCAUUGAUUCAACAAUUUGUUGGAAAAAUUAUUAUAAACAAAAUUAUUCCAUGUCAUUUAAUGAAAAAGAUCAUCAUCCUAAUGACGAUGACUGUUGGUCAUUUGAUUGUAGCAACAAUACUAGUAGUGGUGGUGGUGGUACUUUGUUUAAAUAUCAACCGAAUUCAAUCAAUGCAUUCAAUGAUCAAUGUAGCAAUUUAUCGUCAUCGUUGCCAUCAGCAACAACAACAACAACACUAGCAUCCAUGAUGGAAUGUUAUGAAGAGUUGAGUAAUCGUGAAAAUACCGAUAUGAUGAAUGAACAUUUUUUAAACAAAGUGACGUCAUCAUCAUCGAUGAUGAGGAUGAUGAAUUCAUUGUCCAAUAUGGAAUCGAUGCGACAAGAUCACAACAAUGUUGAUAUUGAUCAUAAUAACACAAACAACAUAGAAGAUAACAUUAAUGCUGAAACAAUGUCGUCAGUAACGUCAACCACGACAACAACAUCGACACUGUCAAAUCAUAAAAAUAAAACGAAACGUCGACGUCAUCGUCAUCGUGGACAUCAUCGACAUAAACUGAAAAAGCAACAACAUUCAUGAAAAAACAUUGCGAAACAGAGAGAAAAGAUUUUUACAUGUACCUACCUACCUACACGUUGUUGUUGUUGUGGCUUUUUGUAUACACA